AUGCUCGGCCUGCAAGGACGACUGCAGUUGCUGCGCGGACGACCGUCUCGCGCGUCGUUGUUUCACACGUCCUCGACGGCCUGGGCCUCUCGCAAGGUCCUGCAAAAGUUCAAGCUAGCGGACAUCGGCGAGGGCAUAACGGAAUGCGAGGUCAUCAAAUGGAAUGUCAAACCUCCGGGCGUCGUCCAAGCCUUCGACCAGCUCUGCGAGGUCCAGAGCGACAAGGCUAGCGUCGAGAUCACUAGCCCGUUCGAUGGUGUAGUUAAGGAGCUCCUCGUCCAAGAGGGGGAAGUGGCGAAGGUGGGCGAAGGCCUGUGCCUCAUCGAGGUAGACGAGGAUUCCCUGGAUGAGAAUGCGAAGAAGUUCACCGAGCCCGCCAGCCCGCCCCUUCACCAGGAACAGGAGGCAGUUCAAAGGAAAGCCUUCGAGACACGCUCUGAGCAGCCACCAUCCGCCCCCACUCCCGCGCAAGAGCCCCAUUCAUCAAGGAAGCGGCGGCCACACCCUCUUGAUCCCAACCAUCCUCCUGAUGCUUCAACCAUACUCGAAUCAUUCUCAAAGAACGUGCUGGCGAAACCCGCGGUGCGUCACUUGGCCAGGGAAUUGGGUGUGGACCUCAACAAGCUUGCACCCGGAAGUGGUCGGGAUGGCAGGAUCGAGAAGGAGGAUCUGGAGAGGUAUUUGGCUGGGGGGAGGAAGGAGGAGUCUACCACAUCCACGGCCUCAGCGCACCAACCACAAUCAUCUGCUGAUGUGGUUGUGGAAUUGGGACGUACGAGGUACGGCAUGUGGAAGGCCAUGGAGAAGAGCCUGCAGAUCCCUCAUUUCGGUUACUCGACUACGCUAGAUAUCACGAAUCUACACCACAUACUCCCUCUCCUAAACACCUGCAUACCACCACACUAUCUCCCCGACCCACCUCCCUCUCCUUACCAGGCUAUUAAUCCCUCCGCGGUCCACCCCGCCCCUUCCCCGCCGCCCGUCCCCGCUUCUCGCCAAUUCUCCAAACUCACCUAUCUCCCCCUCUUCCUCAAAACCCUCUCAAAGGCCAUGCACGAGUGGCCCCUCUUCCGCGCUUCCAUCACCCCGCGCGCCGCAGGCGACACCGCCAAACCCACGCUCACCGUCCGCCCGUACGCCGACAUCAGCGUCGCGCUCUCGACGCCGACAGGGCUCUACACGCCCACCAUCCAGCGCGUGGACACGCACUCCGUCUUCUCGCUCGCCGCAGAGCUCAAGCACCUUUCGCACCUGGGCCGCCAGACGCCGUGCGGGCUCACGCCCGCGGAGAUGCCGAGGCGCGGCGGCACGAUCACGGUGUCGAACGUCGGGGCGAUUGGCGCAGGUGACUUUGCGUCGCCGGUGCUGGUGCCGGGUGGUGGGGUGGCGAUCGUUGCGCUGGGGAGGGCGAAGUGGGUUUGGGAUGUGGAUAGGGGCGAUGGCAAGGGCGAGAGGAGGCUGAAGAUUGGGGUGAGCUGGAGUGCGGAUCAUAGGGUGGUGGAAGGGGCAGAGCUUGCUGCGUUUGUUGAAUGUUGGAGGGCAUAUGUCGAGAUGCCCGAGAGACUCAUCGGUGAGGCCGUAUAAGAUAUUGGACAAGGACAAUACUCUAGUACUGUAGCACGAAUGACUGAUGCAAUUACAUAACAUCCUUUUACAUUCGACGAUCCGGUAAGUUGGAUUAUAGGUUGAGGGUAAUACGACAACUGUUGAAGUGUCUGCUUUAUGUUGAUACAAUAAAAUAACCCAGCGUCCGCGCGCAUGGUCCGUUUCUCCUACGCCAUGGUUACGCAAGUCUUGCGCAAUUAGCUCUUACCACCUUGUGAUAUCCGCCUCCGCCUCACCGAACAAACUUGUCUUUUUGAUCUCAAAGCCCUCGACCGGCUGCGCCUCCUCCGCGUCCUCAUACAUCUCCGGGAACUCCCUCUUCAGCCACCUGAAGAUAUUCUCAUUAAUCUUUUCAAACUCGAGCAAAAACCCAUCGUGGCCAUCCGGGCUCGGUAUCGUCACCAACUCCGCCUCGGGGAUAUGCUCCGCGAUCUCCCGCUGCUCAGAGGGCGUGAACAGCCCAUCUGUCUGAAUUGAGAUCACCAGGGCGCGCGGGGGCAGCGUCGCGAGC